AAUCCGAUUUUUACGGCGACAGUAAACACACACAAGAUGGCAGCGUUGGAAGACGAAUUUGAAGAUGCGCCUGAUGUAGAGCCUUUAGAGCAAACAUUGAAGAAUAUUAUCGAGCAGAAAUCGUUGAAAUGGAUAUUUGUUGGCGGAAAGGGUGGUGUUGGUAAAACGACGUGUAGUUGUAGUUUGGCUGUCCAGCUGGCUGCUGUCAGAGAGAGCGUUCUUAUCAUCUCGACUGAUCCCGCUCAUAACAUCUCUGAUGCUUUUGACCAGAAGUUCUCAAAGGUGCCUACAAAGGUCAAGGGCUAUGACAACCUCUUUGCUAUGGAAAUUGAUCCAAGCUUGGGUGUAGCAGAGCUUCCUGAUGAGUUCUUUGAGGAAGACAACAUGCUCAGCAUGGGCAAGAAGAUGAUGCAGGAGGCCAUGAGUGCUUUCCCUGGCAUUGAUGAAGCCAUGAGCUAUGCAGAGGUCAUGAGAUUAGUGAAAGGAAUGAACUUCUCAGUGGUUGUCUUUGAUACUGCACCCACUGGCCACACACUGCGCCUGCUUAACUUCCCCACCAUCGUGGAACGCGGCCUGGGCCGACUCAUGCAGAUCAAGAACCAGAUCAGUCCAUUCAUCUCACAGAUGUGCAACAUGCUGGGCCUGGGUGACAUGAACGCAGACCAGCUGGCAUCCAAGCUGGAAGAGACUCUGCCUGUCAUCCGCUCAGUUAGCGAGCAGUUCAAAGACCCUGAGCAGACCACCUUUAUCUGCGUGUGUAUCGCCGAGUUCCUGUCCCUGUAUGAGACAGAACGGCUAAUUCAAGAACUGGCCAAGUGCCGCAUUGAUACACACAACAUCAUUGUCAACCAGCUGGUUUUCCCCGAAACAGAGAGGCCGUGUAAAAUGUGUGAAGCGCGACACAAGAUUCAGUCCAAGUAUUUGGAUCAGAUGGAGGACCUUUAUGAAGAUUUCCACAUAGUCAAAUUGCCUCUGUUACCCCAUGAAGUUCGAGGUGCUGACAAGGUCAAUACGUUCUCGAAGCAGCUUCUGGAGCCCUAUAAGCCACCAAACAAGUAAUUCCCCUCCUCGCGGGGCCAGCCCCCGACCACUUCGCUCACCCAAAGCCCCCCUGAGCUCCCCCAACUGGCCUCUCACCCAUAUUCAACCCCUCAUGCAGAACGGAGUGUACAAACCAGGCACGCUUCAGGAGCAGCUGAUGACAUCUACUCAAGCCACCCUGUUAAAACGCUCGGACAGUUUACAUGACUGUCGCCUUACUUUCCUGAUCACGCAUCAUAUCGGUAGCACUAAAAUAGCUAUUUUAAAACAUUUAACUGGCUUCCUUUCCUCCAUACUCAGCGUUUAGCUUACAACAGUAUAGUACAUUAUGCUUCAGCCCUUGAAGUAAGUCUUAACUGUGGAAUUUUUGUCAUAUUUUCCUCAAUAAUAACCAUCCGUGUCAUUAAAAGAAAAUGUACCAGAGUCAUUUUAGCUUUAAUUUAUUUCUCCUCCAGCACAAUAUUAAGACUAUGAUUUGAAUUAACUAGUUCAACCAGCAAUUUCUUUUUUUUGGUCUCUGACAGCAUCCUGAGAUUCAAAGGCAGUAUACGUAUGAUCAAAAUAUGAAUUGAGCCCUGCCAAGCUCCUAACUGUCAAAUAUUGUCGGAAUUUUGAGAACAGUAUAGAAAUGUGUUUAGAAUCAUAAAGUGCAUUGUUAAUUAUGAAUUAGUGAAUGUCACCCAACAUGAACUGUGAGCUGAGCAUUUAGGCGGGUAUGGAUACAGAUCGACUCAGCUAAUGCUGCAAUUAAAUCCAUUAGGGAAUGCAUACGAGUUAACAAAAACUUUUUUUGUAUGGGAAUUUCUCGAAAUGAUGGUGUGAGUGUUAAUUAAACUUAAUUCAACAACUUAA